CAGACAUCAGUCUGUCAGGUUGUCACGUUGCCCACAGUGUGAGCAGCCCCUGACAUUUACCAGCAUGUGGACUGAACGUUGUUCAGGGAACAGGACAGGCAGCAAAAGGAGGGAAAGGGAAGAGAAGGAUGAAGGACACUGAGCCUUUAAGUAGGACUGGACCAACAAUGAACACAUCUGGCGGCUCCCUGGGGGAGGAGCUCACGGAUGAGGAGAAGGAGAUCAUCAACGGUGUCCUCGCUCGUGCGGCCAUGAUGGAGGCCAGGGAGCAAGAGCGGAUUGAGCGUCUUUCCAGUCGCUUGGAUCAUAUCAAGAGGACAGCAUGUGGUGAUGGACAGGCGCUCUGUCUGCUGUGUGGGGCGUCCUUUGGACCACAGGGGGUCACGGCUGUCCUCUGUGUACAGUGCAAAAAGUACAUGUGCAGCAAAUGUGGCAUUUGGAGCAACAGCAGGACCUGCCCAGUGUGGCUGUGCAGAAUCUGCAAUGAACACCAAGAGGUACUGAGGCGUUCGGGCGCCUGGUUCUUCAGGGGAAGAGACCAGCAGGGCCUGCCUGCCCCCCUCCCUCUGUGCAGACCUCGACAGCCCAGCACUGAGAACAGCUCGGCUCCAGCACGUCACCAGGGACACGUGCUCGGUGCAGCGUCGUCCUGUGGAUCAGAACAACAGGAGCAGACAGCUACAACAACAGCUGGCAGCUUUAAUGAGACUCCAGCAGAUGUAAUGAGGAUGGAAAGACAUGUGUUCGCUUCCAAACCACCUCAGGCAAAUGCACAGCAAGCCGCCUCCCCCUCAGAUUUGGACACCAAACACCCAGUGUCUCCUCCAGCUGUGGAAGAAAAAAGACAACCUGUUGUCCCCAGCUUCAUUUCACCACAGAUUUCUGCAACCAGAAUUACUCCAGCUGUUGAUCCACCUGCCAGCGGGCCCCCUCCCCCCAGACCCCCACCAGAUCGAACAGAGGAUGAGGACAACGACUAUGACUCAGAUGAUGCUACGACUCUGGGAUCUCUGGAGUUCAGUCUCCUCUACGAACAGGAGAACCACGCCCUGCACUGCUGCAUCAUUAAAGCCAAGGGUUUGAAGCCAAUGGACUCCAACGGACUCGCUGACCCGUAUGUGAAGCUGCACCUGUUACCCGGCGCCAGUAAGUCUAACAAGCUGCGCACCAAGACAUUGAAAACCACUCUGAAUCCUGUGUGGAACGAGACACUGAUCUACCACGGCAUCACAGAUGACGAAAUGUCCCGCAAGACUCUCCGGCUUUCAGUGAGCGACGAGGACACGUUUGGACACAAUGAAUUCAUCGGAGAGACGCGAGUGGCCCUGAAGAGGCUGAAGUUUAACCAGAAGAAGAGCUUUAAUGUCUGUCUGGAGAGAGUGAUCCCCGUGAAGAAGGCUGUAGGGGGCUCGCUACGGGGCAUGGCGCUCUACGAGGACGACCUGAAUGAAGGUGAAAACUCCAAGGAGAGGGGUCGGAUCCUGGUAUCACUGAUGUACAGCAGCCAGCAGGGUCGUCUGAUCGUGGGCGUGGUCCGCUGUGCUCACCUGGCCGCCAUGGACUCCAACGGAUACUCGGACCCGUUUGUCAAAGUCUGUCUGAAGCCAGAUAUGGGAAAGAAAGGUAAAAACAAGACCCAGAUCAAAAAGAAGACCCUCAACCCAGAGUUCAACGAGGAGUUCGGUUAUGACAUAACGCACGCUGAGCUGGCCAAGAAAACCCUGGACAUCUCGGUGUGGGACUAUGACAUGGGCAAAGCCAACGAUUUCAUAGGGGGGUGUCAGCUAGGCAUCCAGGCCAAAGGCGAGUGUCUGAAGCACUGGUACGAGUGCCUCAAGAGCAAAGACAAGAAGACUGAGCGCUGGCAUGUUCUGCUGAGUGACAGCACUGUCCACUUUGAGGAUUAAAGUGUCCUCCCUCCUCUCUGUAGCCUCCCGCUCUCUCUUCACCCUGUAGAACACUGUCUGAAGUGAGCACCAAAGACGGAUGUUAUCCUUUUGCUUGCAUGUAGUUUGUCCCAAACUGUGCACGCUGCGACAGGUGACUGACAUGGAUGUUGACCUUGGGGCUCUUUGUAUUAGUGAGUGACCAUGUAACAAAACCAGGACGCUGUCCUUCUGCCAUAUCAUGAACUGUAUCACAUAGUAAAUAAACUUGACCUCACGUGCACUCAUAACUGAUCAGAGCACUUAUCAAAACCCUUGUUAUCACUGCCCCUGGACAGUAUGUUGUAACGGAGUGUGUGUCCACGCUCACACCCAGUGAGGGAAUUCCCACUUUUUGUCUCAUGUUGAUCUGUGCUCCUGUCGUAAAAGAUCAGGUGACAUCACAGCUGAUCUGUGUGGCCACGUUGCACAAGGGCAUCACCAAAACAUACAUUUCCCCGGUGUAGUUGUGCAUGUGUUAAAUAUUAAGUGGGACCCUGUCAUCUUCCCCUGUGCACGUGGGAGCCUUCUGUCUUCUGUCUUCUGUCUGCAAGACAUUUUAUUCUGAAGAGCAGGUUUGUUAAUGCACCAUUUUCCAGAAAACUGAUGGAUAACUUCUGGCUAAACCGGGUUAACCUCCAGGCUCCAGGUGGACUGAGUUGCACUCUAGUUCCCACCUACAUAUUCCACAGCUUCCUUUGUGUGUGCAUGUUGAUGCAUGUCUGAUAUACACGGCUAAUAAAUAAAAAGU